AUCGUGAAUUCGAUCUUCACUUCAACAUGCAACUAUUAGAUCCUUCAGCAUUGCUAGAACAACUGCCAAGGCUUCUACCUUCCUCCGAAUCAACGUCCGGCGAAGCAAGCGGAAGUUCAUCAAGCCAAUCUGGUAGCACAGUCCGUUCUCCACAUGAUGCACUAGCUCUAUUGGUACACACAAUUUUGACAAGAUUGUCAUUUCGGUUAACUUCCUUAUCUGAUGAUCCAUCGGACACCAGAGUACAGUCAUAUCCCAACAAUGCACUUCCAUCAAGCUGGAACGCCUCCGGACCUGGCUCCUACACAUUCCGAUACGCACACGAACAAUCUUCAUUGACUUUUCUCGUUAAGAUUGUUUCUUUAGGCGCUCGCUUGCUUAUUCACGCCACCGCUCUAGAGUCAAAUCGAACAGAAAGCUACGAAGUGGAAACCGAUCGCUUCACAUCAAGAAACUACUGGCCAUGGCCAUCAACCACCAAUGAACCUCUCGUGAACGGUUUCGUAUCAUCUAGUAGAUUAUCUGAUUUCGUAUUCGGUUUCCAGGUAAAGAUUAUUCAAAAGCUAGUACCAGGCCUACGCAAAGAUGGAUAUGAAGAAGUAUCAGAAAACGAUCAAGGAUCCUCAGCAGGACCAUCUUCAUCCUCUCAAUCUCAACAACCAAGACCGGCCAGACCUCAUUACCCAGAACAUGACCCGGACGAAGCUUACCCAUCGCCUUUGGCUCCACGACGUGAUCCUCUCAUAAUCGGAGAUCGAGACCUAGAUCCACUUGGCAGAGGAGGUUUUGGUGGUCCUCCGCCCUUGUUCGGUGGAGGACCAGGCAGAUUACCAGGAGGUGAUGAUGGAGGCGGAAUGAUUGUUGGACCUAAUCAUCCAAUGUUCCGUGAUCGCUUCCAACAGCCAGGCAGAAUCGGUCCAGGAGGAGGUAUGGUACCACCAGGAGCAAGAUUUGAUCCUGUCAAUCCGUUUGGCGGCCCAGGACCUUUUGGUACACCAGGCCGUCCCGGUGGUAAUGGACCGUUAGGGCCAGGUGGAAGAGGUCCAAGAAGGCCGAACAUGGGUGAUCCCGAUUGGGAUGAUAUGCCUCCACCAGGCAACAAUAAUGGAUAUGACGAUAUGUUCAUGUAAAAUACUUUCUACUGUUAAUGCACAAGCUUUAUACUUUUUCAUUCGCUACAAGGAUUUAUGUCAAGAGAAUUGAAUACGAGAACAAAUGUGAAAACAGGGUAAGAAAUAGAAACAAUGUACAGUCCUGUUACCAAACC